AUGCUGAGCAGGGGCCUCGGCGGAACCGGCUUCCAACGCUCCCUCUUUACACGCCCACCAUCACAUUCGGCACCCUUCCGACGCCCAAACUCGUUUCGCGGUCUCAGCACACCAGCAUCGAAGCCUCGAAUCAUCCUCGGCAUCGAAACCUCAUGUGACGACUCCUGCGCAUCUGUCGUCUCGGCCGACCGCACCAUACUCUCCUCGAUCGUGACGAAACAGGACCACUCUUCCACGGGCGGCAUCCACCCGCUCUCCGCUGCGCUCGGUCACCAUGCCGCCCUCCCCUCCACGAUCGCUACUGCGAUCACUCAGGCCAACAUCACGCACUCCGAUAUCGAUGCUAUCGCAGUGACGCAAGGUCCCGGUAUGGCGAGCAGUCUCGGCGUCGGCCUCUCCGCCGCCAAAACCCUCUCUGCGGUGCUGCACAAGCCGCUCAUCUACGUACAUCACAUGCAGGCACAUGCACUGACGCCCUUGCUCACCGAGGGGAAGCCGCCAAAGUUUCCAUUCCUGGUGUUGCUGGUGUCGGGCGGACAUACGAUGUUGGUGCUGGCGAGGAGCGUGACUGAGUUCCGCAUACUGGCAACGACUACGGACGACUCGAUAGGAGAUGCGUUUGAUAAGGUCGCGCGCGAUCUGGGGAUUCCGUGGACGUCGGCGCCGGGAGCUGCAUUAGAGGCACUUGCAAGAAAAAGUGAGGGAAGGGAGAAGGCGGUUGUGUUUCCUAUACCGUGCAAGGGUCAGGCGAUCUUCUCGUAUUCGGGUCUCAAGGCGGCUGUGCAGCGCCAUAUCGAGGCUUCUGGAGGAGCCGGCAUGGAUGAUGUGCUGAAGGCGCAGAUUGCAGCUGCUUUUCAGCGAGCAGCGUGUGCGCAGCUGGAGGACAAACUCGGCAUGGCUCUACGACCGUCUCACGUCACGGAAGACUCGCGGCGUCGGGUGUACCCGCGCAUCGGUUUGCCCGACGGCGUCUCGGGCGACGACAUCAAGACGCUUGUCUGCAGCGGCGGCGUAGCGAGUAACGCUUUCAUCCGAUCCCAGUUGAGGAAACACCUCGAUGAGCUGGGCCGCAACGACGUAGAUCUACAGUUCCCGCCGUUGUCCCUCUGCACCGACAACGCAGCGAUGAUCGCUUGGGUCGGCCAUCUCAUCUGGUCACAGCGCACAGACGAUUACACCCGUCACGCUCGGCCCAAAUGGAGUAUGGAAGACAUCCCUUUGUAG